GGGCAGUGAGGGGAUUAUGUUUUUAGAUUGAAGGAAGAAUUCCCCAAAUUUUCUCGAUCAUGUCACAGCCGGUUGAUUAUCUGUCUCAAUUCGAUAUCUCCAAAGAGGAAAAGGACAAGCUUGUAGCAGAAGUAAUCCGCUACGUGCUGUUCAAGACGCACCACAACUCGGGCUGUCCAAUAAAGAGGGAAGAGCUCACUCAGCUGCUCACCAAAAACUAUCAUCAGCGAAAUCUUCCCACGCUCGUCAUCAACGAGGCUAUACAGAAGCUUUCCACCAUCUUUGGCUACGAAAUGAGGGAGCUUCAAAGGUCUCGUCCCUCUUCCACUAAUCAGGGACGCUUUUCCCAACAGAGUGUUGCAGAGGCAAAAUCCUACGUCAUUUUGAGUAAACUUCCUUCGGAUGUGUAUAAGAAGUAUGUUGAGGAUGAUCGUACGGCUCCUCUCACUGGUUUCACUUUUGUCGUACUAAGUGUUGUACAUAUUUCUGGUGGUAAAACCACUGAAGAGGAUCUUUGGCGUCAUUUGAGACGGAUGGGAUUGGAUGAAAAAAAUGAAAGCCAUCCAGUCCUAGGAAACAUAAAACAAGCACUGGAGACACUUGUCCAGCAAAGAUAUUUGCAGAAAGACAAAGUAAGUGGACCUGAAGGUCAUACUUUGUUCUAUGAGCUUGCUGAGAGAGCUUUAGAUGCGCCAGUUAGUGACAGCAUUAAAGCGUACAUAGCACAGAUUGUAAAUAAAGAAGUUGGCACGGCAGAUGCAGAUGACUAGUGACAUUCCUAACCCCGGUCUGGAUGUAUGGAGUUAUAGUUUGAUGGUUCCAUCUUGCUCGAUAUGGCUUUUUCUCUACUCUCUUAAGCGAAGCUAAUAAUGUCAAGAAAUGCCUUCAGUUGGCUUCUUGUAGGAACUGAUAAGGCAGCAGCUUACAUAACCCAUGCUACCUUCUUUUUGUUAAUCUAUUUCUAUAUUUAUUUUGUGUACUCCAACGGGUCCUUCAUGUUAGCAUUUAGGUACAUCCAUUGUCAUGGAAUUGAAAAGAUGGAAGUCAAGAGCUUGAACGAGUUGU